AGGGAGAGAAGGAAGGAAGGAGGAGAAAGGAAGGAAGGAAGGAGGAAAAGUCACGAAAGGAAGGAAAAAGAACGAAGGGAUGAAUGAAGCAGAGCAGGGGCUAGUCCAGGCCUGGGCCUACUUCGGCCUUCCCUCCAUAAUUCCUCUCAGACUACAAGUUGUUGUCGAAGGCUUUCAUGGCCGGGAUCACAGGGUUGUUGUAUGUCUUUCGGGCUGUGUGGCCAUGUUCCAGAAGUAUUCUCUCCUGACGUUUCGCCCACAUCUAUGGCAGGCAUCCUCAGAGGUUGUGAGGCAAGUUGUUAGGAAUUGUGGGAAAGGAGUCCAAAACACCUGGAAGGUUGAAGUGGGCCUAUGCCUGGUGUAGAUGCAUACACACACAUAUACAAUAGAGUCUCGCUUAUCCAACGUAAACGGGCCGGCAGAACGUUGGAUAAGUGAAUAUGUUGGAUAAUAAGGAGAGAUUAAGGAAAAGCCUAUUAAACAUCAAAUUAGGUUAUGAUUUUACAAAUGAAGCACCAAAACAUCAUGUUAUACAACAAAUUUUACAGAAAAAGUAGUUCAAUGUGCAGUAAUGCUAUGUAGUAAUUACUGUAUUUACGAAUUUAGCAGCAAAAUAUCAUGAUAUAUUAAAAACAUUGACUACAAAAAUGCGUUGGAUAAUCCAGAACGUUGGAUAAGCGAGUCUUGGAUAAGUGAGACUCUACUGUAUAUAUGUAUACAUCCAGCCCAACGCCCUUCUUUCUGCCAUAAAAUCAAAACCCUCCUGCUGAGGGAGAUGUAGUUUUACAAAGGGAAUUUUCAGGGAUGCCUUCAAUGACUGUAAGUUUUCAAUGAUUGUAAGACAUCUUUCCACCAUGUCUCCUGUAUCAAUUUAACAAUAUUUAUUUAUAAAUAAAUAAAUAAACUCAAGGCGGCUUACAAUAAAUAGGCAAAAAUUCAAUGCCUAAAAACAGUGUACAAAACAACAAUUCAUAUAAAAGCAGAUACCAUUACAAAAUAAAAUCACAUUAUAUAAAAUUUUAAACAUAUCCAAGAUUAAAAUCAAUUCAUCCAGAAUCCAGAAUAUAAUAAUAUAUAAUACUCAUAUUAUUCUAUACUAAUAUUAUAAUAUAUUGUAUAUAUAUAUAGUAAAGGUAAAGGUUUUCCCCUGACGUUAAGUUCAAUUGUGACCAACUCUGGGGGUUGGUGCUCAUCUCUAUUUCUAAGCUGAAGAGCCGGCGUUGUCCGUAGACACCUCCAAGGUCAUGUGGCCAUUGGCAUGACUGCAUGGAGCACCGUUACCUUCCCGCCGGAGCAGUACCUAUUUUUUUAAAAAAUCAUUUUUAUUAAAGAAUAUUUUAAAAGGAUUUACAUCUUCUAGUUUGCUAAAGGAAGGUAUGGGGAGGGAAGGGACAGACCCUGUCUGUCUGAAUUUGAAAGUCCCAGGGUAGCUGGACAUGUUCAUUCUCUGUAACUUUUUCCAGCUUGUAAUCCCACCAGGUCUUUGUCACAGAUGGUAUUUGUGGUACAAGUUCCAAUGAAUCAUCUGAGCAACGGUGUUAUGCCUCUGUUUGUAGGCUGUCUGUGCGAUAUUCUUGCAGUAGCUGAGGUUGUGAUCUAUUGUUUCAUCUGCUUCCUCGCAGAGUCUACAUUUAGGAUCUGUCGUCGACUUUUUAUUAUUAUAGGAAUAUAUACACCCCACUUGCCUCACCUCCAACAGACCUCUGAAGAUGCCAGCCAUAAAAGGUAAAGGGUUCCCCUGACGUUAAGUCCAGUCAUGUCUGACUCUAGGGGUUGGUGCUCAUCUCCAUUUCUAAGCCGAAGAGCCGGCGUUGUCCAUAGACACCUCCAAGGUCAUGUGGCCGGGAUGCCAGCCAUAGAUGUAGGUAAAAUGUCAGAAGAGAAUGCUACUGGGAUGUGGCCAUCCAGCCCCAAAAACCCACAGCGACCCAGUGAUAAUGGCCAUGAAGGCCUUUGACAACACAGCCAAAAAAAACACACACAUAAUAAGGGAUGGAGUCUUGAAAACAAAAGUUCUGCCACCAGAUAUUAACAGAUUGGAAGAAUGAACUCAAAAGCAAGCAGACGGGGAAAAGGCAGGCAGUGCAAGCCUCCUGUGCACAACGCAGGUGAAGGAAAUGCGGCAAAGUGCCACAGGUGGCAAGGCUGGCUCUCUUUCUGGGGGAGGAUCCAGAGCCAGGAGCCGCUUCCCGGGAGCCCAAGGCGGAUGGACGGCUUUGGAAAGGAGAUCUGCUGAAAGAAGCACUUCUUUCCAUUACAACCCCUACGAUUCCUCUGCCUACAAUUCCUAUGGAGAGCACAACGAGGAAAGGACACGGAGGCAGAAUCCCUCCAUUCAUAUACCCAUGAACUCAAGGCGGAUUCCGGAUUCCAGUAGCGAGUACGGAUUAAGAGAUUCUUCAUUUGGAACGCCCAGUUCAAAUCCAUAUGGAAAUGCACAUGUCAAUCCUUCAUUUGACUACGAGGCGGAAUUUGCACAGACUUUACCUACGGACAGUCAUGCUCCGAAUCACCAUUAUACUCGGAAACCUUCUGCUCCAUCCAACGGAGAAGAAAAAUUAAUUGGUGAACUCAUAGCCCUGUCCACGCGUGAAAGGAUUAAAGCAAUCCAGAAGAUUCCAAAACCAAUGAAAGAAAAGCGAACUAUCAGGAAUCACGUUCUGCUGGAGAAAACCAAAAAGUCCUUCAGCGGUAAUACUCAAAUUAACUGUUGCACCCAGUGUUUCUACAGUACAGCCUUGUCUUUCCGGCAGUUUAAAAAUAGCCUGGGCGACUGCUUUCAGAGUUUCAAGCUUUGGCAGAAGAUUCUCAAAGACAUUGGCGGCAAAUUUGGGACCAGCGUUCAGUCCUAUUUCGUGUUUCUGACCUGGCUCCUGACGGUGAACCUUUUCUCCUUCCUGGUGAAUUUCAGUUUUAUUACGAUCCCUCAGCUCAUCGCAGCCGCACCGAAUAACCUUUCGUUCAUUGGCUUGGAGUUCUUUACCGGAGCCGGUUAUUUUAAAGACACGGUGCUUUAUUAUGGGUUUUAUACCAACGCGACAAUUGUGAAAAAUGAGGCCAUGCCUCCCUACUACAUGCAGCUAGCCUACCUUCUCACCAUGGGGAUCUAUUUCAUCCUCUGCUUCCUAAGCCUACUCUACAGCAUGGCCACGUCCUUCCUCAAGAACUUUUCCAGCCCGCAGAUGUAUUCCGGAAACGCCGCCAAGCUUCUCUGCGUCUGGGAUUUCAACAUCACCAAUGCAAACGCUGUGAAGCUAAAGCAGAAAAACCUCAGCACCCAAAUAAAGGAGACCUUGUCAGAAGUAAACGCUGGGGUGCUGAAGCUUCCUUUCAGUCAGAGGCUUUCUCGCAUCGCAGUCCAUGUCGCGGCCUGGGCUCUUUCGUUGGGUGCCGCCAUCGGUUCAUGUGCUGGCAUUUACCACAUCUCUCUUGUCAAUUUACAGUUCCUUCUAGACGAGAAGAAAACCGACCUGGAAAGCGAAGCCGCAACGCUGGUGCUGCCAAUCGCCGUGAGCCUGAUCAACCACUUGGUGCCCUUCUUGUUCUCGCUUUUUGGCUUUGCGGAGAGCUUCGCUCAUCCCCGGCACCAGAUCUACACCUCCAUCAUCAGGAACAUCCUUCUGAAAGUCUCUCUCAUUGGGAUCCUCUGCAACUACUGGCUUAACAAAGUGGCCCUGUCCGAUGCAAAGUGCUGGGAAACCUUGGUUGGCCAGGACAUAUACAGGCUGCUUGUGACCGACUUCAUCUGUUGCCUCCUGGGCUCCUUCUUCGGCGAAUUUCUCCGACGAAUCAUCGGGACUAAAUGCUGCAAAAAACUUGGCGUGCCUGAAUUCGAUAUUGCUCGGAAUGUUUUGGAUUUGAUCUAUUCCCAGACUUUAACAUGGAUUGGCAUUUUCUUCUCGCCGUUGCUCCCAGCAAUUCAGAUGAUAUCCUUUUUCAUCCUCUUUUGUGUGAAGAAGGUCAGCCUGAUGAUGAACUGCCAGCCGCCCCGCAAAGCUUGGAGAGCCUCCCAGAUGAACACCAUCUUUGUCUUCCUCCUCUUCUUCCCCUCCUUCGCUGGAGUCCUUGCCGUUGUUGCCAUCGCCGUCUGGAGGCGGAAGCCUUCCGAGACGUGUGGCCCUUUCCGAGGCCUCCCGACCAUCUAUGAGGCCAUCUCUGGCUGGGUGGCCAAACUCUCCGGUUAUCCAGGCUCCGCUUGGGUGGUUUGGAUUUAUCACAAUUUAAUCGAAAGUGUGCACUUCUUCUUCAUCCUCUCAGUCAUAAUGCUGAUUAUCGCAUACCUCUACUGGCAAAUUAUAGACGGACGGAAAAUAAUGGUUAAACUACUGAAAGAGCAGAUUGUCAACGAAGGCAAAGAUAAAAUGUUUCUGCUGAAGAAGCUGCACGCUCUACAGGCACCUAAACCCCCGAAUCCGGGAAAGCAGUCCGAGAGACACUCUUCUGUGCGCCAUCCAAUGCAUUUUCCGUUGCCCAAUUCCAUUGAAAGCUCUCCAAGAGUGAAAGAAAGAGACUCUUACGCUGAGUCUUCCAGGCUAUCUGAAAUGACCAGCUUCUCUCACGGAGUUGGAGAGGAUGCCCAGCCGCCCAGAAAUGCUGGGGUUUCCGAAGCUUUAGUUUUAGCUUUGAGAGCCAGACAAGAGGCGGAAUGGGAAAUGGAUGACGGCGAAGAAAGCACGUGAAAGUCAAUGCGGGCCUCAAAAGGCGCCAGGAAGCCCUUCUGACCCAGAACUUUGGUAUUUGCACUAAACACAUCUAUUAAACUUUACCAAAAAUCCACUUUAA